AUUCCACUCCACAGAGGGAGAACAUAUGUGGAGACUCACCAGAGAGUAGACACACAAAGCUCUCACACUGGACUUGUUUCAUGUUGUUGGAUUACUUCUCUCAUGUGUUUGUGUCUUUGAAGGAGAGUGUAUGAAUGUGAAAGUUUGUGUGUGAAGUGUGAAUGUAAUUUUAGACAUGGAUACAUCCUCUGCUGUGAGCUCUCUUCUCCCGGCCCUUCUACUCUCUCUCCAUCUACACUGCCACCUCCUUGUUUGGGCCGCAAUGGACUCCUGCUUUGAUGAGGAGGGCACCCCGAGCCGUUGCAUGCCCAAGUUUGAGAAUGUGGCCUUCAAUCGCACCGUGGUGACCUCUAAUGUGUGCGGCUCCCCGCCUGAGGACUACUGCAUGCAGACUGGCUCAACGCGCUCAUGCCACCACUGUGACGCGUCAGAUCCGGACCUGAGCCACAAUGUGAGCCUCCUGACUGACUUCCACAGGAACGAGGAGCCCACGUGGUGGCAGAGCCAGUCCAUGUACUAUGGUAUCCAGCACCCUAACUCUGUCAACCUCACCCUCCACCUGGGGAAGGCUUUCGAGAUAACCUAUAUACGACUGAAAUUCUACACCAGUCGACCGGAGAGCUUCGCCAUCUACAAGCGCACUGAAGAGGAUGGGCCCUGGUUGCCUUAUCAGUAUUACAGCGCCUCUUGUAGGAAGACCUAUGGGAAGGAUGCUAAGGCUUACAUUCGGCCAGGAGAUGAUGAGAGGAAUGCUUUAUGUACUGAUGAGUUCAGUGAUAUCUCUCCGCUCACUGGAGGAAACGUGGCUUUCUCCACCCUGGAGGGACGGCCCAGUGCAUACAACUUUGACCAAAGCCUGGUGUUGAAGGAAUGGGUGACAGCCACUGACCUGCUCAUCUCUUUGGACCGGCUGAACACCUUUGGAGAUGAGUUCUUCAAGGACGCUAAAGUGUUGCGCUCGUACUUCUAUGCCAUCUCUGAUUUCUCUGUGGGCGGCAGAUGUAAGUGUAACGGUCACGCCAGCGAGUGCGUUGAGGGGGAACAUCGGGGCCUGGUCUGUUCCUGCCAACAUCACACGGUGGGAGACGACUGCCAGAGAUGUCACCCCUUUUACCAGGACAGACCCUGGGCCAGGGCCACUGGGGACGCCGCCAACGAGUGUCUGAAGUGUAACUGCAGUGGGAGGUCAGAUGAGUGUGUGUUUGACAUGGAGCAGUACCGGAGCAGCGGCAGUGGGGGGCGCUGUGUGAGCUGCAGAGACAACACUGAUGGGCCCCAUUGUGAGCGCUGCAGAGAGAACCACUACAGGAGAUCUGCUGAAGAGCCCUGCCUACCCUGCAACUGCAAUAUUAACGGUUCAGUGAGUCUGCAGUGUGAUGUAGAAGGAAGGUGUGCGUGUCGAGUUGGCGUGACAGGGGAGAAGUGUGACACAUGUCGGGCUGGCUUUCACUCGCUUGGUCCUAGUGGCUGCAGGCCGUGUGAGUGUGACCCCAGCGGGAGUGUGGACGACUGCUCUCCUCUGGACGGACGUUGCCACUGUAAGCCAAACGUGGAGGGACAGAGCUGUGGCAGAUGCAAGCCAGGCUUUUUCAACCUCCAACAAGUAAACCCAGCAGGCUGCCAAGCGUGUUUCUGCUUUGGCCACUCGCUGGCCUGCUCCUCAUCCAAUCAUUAUGCUGCUGUCAACAUCACGUCUGACUUCAUCGAAGAUCAGGAUGGCUGGUCGGGAGAGUUCUCCGGAGGGCAGGAGUACCCCCUGCUGUGGAAGGAAGGUGAAGUCUACCUGUUGCCUCUCACCGAGGAAGACAUCGGCUUCUACAAAGCCCCCGACAAAUUCCUGGGUCAUCAAGUCUACAGCUACGGCCAGCUCCUCUCCAUCACCUUCACCUCUGAGACCACCGAGCUGCUCCCCGACCACGUCACCUUGCUCCUCCAAGGCUCUGGAGUCGCCUUUUCUGCUGACCUUUCACCCCAACCAGUGCUUGACCUUGACCCCGGCCUCACAUCACGGCACUCCUUCAUUGUCAGGCUUCAUGAAAAUGAGAGGCGAUUUAAACCUCCAUCGUCUGCCUUGGAGUUCCAACAACUCCUUUACAACCUGACAGCUCUCCAAAUCAGCAACGCUGGAGGACAGAACUACACAUCGCAGCUCGCGGGGGUCACCCUGACCUCAGCUUCCAUCUCCUCCGGUCCGGCCGACCCUCCGGCCCCGUGGGUGGAAUCUUGUUCCUGUCCCCCGGGUUUUGCAGGCCAGUUUUGUGAGCGUUGCGCUCCGAGAUUCACCCGGGAAGACCCUGGCAGAGGGCCCCUCUCAACAUGUGUGCCAUGCGACUGCCACCAGCAUGGGACCUGUCAUCCAGAGACAGGUGUGUGUGAGUGCUCAGACUUCACCACUGGGGUGACCUGUGAGCACUGCCUGGAUGGUUACUAUGGCAACGCUUUGAUUGGCACGGCUGGUGAUUGUCAGCAUUGCCCUUGCCCGGACCGUACCAGCUGUGCCGAAAUUGCGGAGACAGGACAGGUGGUCUGUACAAACUGCCCUGCAGGACGGACAGGGAUGCGCUGUCAGAUGUGUGAAGAUGGUUACCAUGGUGACCCCCUGGGACAAUCGGGUGCAGCUCGACCGUGUGUGAGGUGUGACUGCAAUGGCAACGUGGACUUCAACGCGGUGGGAAUAUGUGACCACAUCAACGGGCGAUGUCUGAAAUGCCUGAGACACACAGAGGGCGACCAGUGCCAACGCUGCCAGCGGGGUUUCUACGGCGAUGCCCUGAGCCAGACAGCUGGCCAGAAGUGCAAGCCGUGCAGCUGCAAUCCUGGCGGAACCUCUGGGCACGUGAAUGAAUGCCACCCUCUGACAGGAAAUUGCCAGUGCCUCGGUCAUGUGACCAGACGGGACUGCAGUUAUUGUGAAGUUGGCUUCUUCAACCUCCAACCAGGUGUAGGAUGUGAGAGGUGCAAGUGCAAUCCAAUUGGCUCAUCGUCCAUCGCGUGCCAUCCAAUAACAGGGCAGUGUGUGUGUCGUGCAGGAGUGGAGGGGAGGCUGUGUGAUUCUUGCCGUGUGGGCUUCUUUGGAUUCUCGUCACGAGGUUGCAGAGCCUGUAACUGUGACCCAAUGGGCUCCAUUUCCAUGCAGUGUCACAGUAACGGUACCUGCCACUGUCGCCAGGGCUUCGUGGGUUACAAGUGUGACAAAUGUGAGUUGAACUAUUUCAACAGCAGAGCCACACACCAGUGUGAGGAAUGCCCAGUUUGCUAUGGCCUCAUCAAGAAACAGGCGGAAAAGCUGAGGACUCGCCUGCAGGAUUUGGAGAAGCUGCUGGCUCACUUUGAUUGCCGAGGUAGAUUUGGGAAGCAGCACCACCUGCUGAAGUAUCACAUGGCCAGGCUUUAUGAGCAUGAGCACCAGAGGGAGGACUCUCUACCCAAUGCUCUGGAGGAUUUUCUGGCCUUCCAAGAAGCGCGAGAGGCCUUCAUAAAACAAUUUUCCUUGCUGGAAGCUUCCACAGGCACACUCAUAGCCCAGCUGCACGGCAUUACAUCCACUUUGAACUGCAGCAUCAGCAUGACAGAGGAAGAGAGGAAGGAGAGGAGGAAGGAUGAAGGGAGCAGGGCCGUGUGUCAGACCUUCACAGAGACUAUGUUCAUGGUCAGAGUGUCUCAGAAACAGCUAAAGCAGGCAACACUGGACCUGGACAACCUGAUCAUUCCUUUUGAGGUGGUGUCAGGACCCAACAAAUGGAAUACUAUGGUCAAUGACUCACAGGCCCUAAUGAAAAGUCACAGAGAAACGGCAGAGCACAUUGAGGCCAUAGCCAGCAGGGCAGCGAGGGCCUCAGAGCAGACCUACAGUUUCCUGAUGGAUCUACUGCAGGACAACUCCACAGAGGAGUACAUCAGGAACCUAACGGAGCAAAUAACACAAAUGCAGCAGCAGAAGGAGAACCUGACAGCACAGGUGAAUGAAACUGCAGCCAAACAGCAGGCCCUGCAGGGGGAAGCUGCAGGUUUAAAGCUUGCCCUGGGUAACAUCACAUCAUCCUUACAUCAGCUGGCUCUGACAGAUGCCAGCCCAUCACCAGAGCCUGACCAAACACACCCAACCAACCAUACAGCAGAGUGGGGCGAGGACCUGCUUAAACAGACGGAAGAGCUGGACCAGAAAAUUCAGACCCAAGACGAUCUCAUCAGUAAGAUCGGAAAGGAGAUGGAGCCUCUAAAACAGACUGCCAGUAAGAAGCUGGAGAUGGUGGACGACAUCAGUGAGCUGCAAGCUCACGCUUGCAAAGGGGCAAAGGUCAUGGCUUUGUCGUCCGUGGUGACAGGGAAAGAGGUGGAAUCUGACGCCAUCACCCUGCACAGAGAGUUACAAUACAUGGUGAGGGAGUGGCCCCGUCGGCAGACCCAGACCAAGGCUGCGAUUAAGAAGGAAAGACCCCUGGAGGAAAAGGUUCUAGCUGAUGUCAGGAAAAGGGUCUCACAGAUUGAGACGAUGCUAAAACCAGUUCUGGAAAACUCCAGCUUCUCCAACACCACGAAGGAGGCAGAACAGACAGCUCAUGCUGUGGUAAAGGAGUCCAAAGCCAUUCUGACCCAGGCCAAGCACACCAGGACUGCAUCGGCUCACCUUAGCUCCCAUAUAGACUCUGCUUUACAACAGCUGGCUGAGCAGGAGAUGCUAGCUGACACAGCAAACUCCCAGAUCACCUCAGAGCCUGAGGUGUCCCUGACUGGCGUUAAGGAAGACAUGGAAGCAGCCAAGCUCCAGUUAAAGGCCUAUUCGGAGACAUUAACGGAGCUAAUCAGCAAGAUUGAUGGGAACGUGCCGCUGGAGCGCUUUGACCGGAUCUUGGACGAGACGGCGCGCCGCCUAAGCAUGCUUCGCGGGAGCGUCGAGAGCCCGACGCUGGGCUCCAAGAUCCAGAAGCUGCAUUCAGCCGCUAAGGAGCAGCACAGCCGAAUGUCCCUAAUUGAACAGGACUUACAGGAGAUCAGGGAGGAGAGAGACAGUCUCAGGGACAUUGCUUUAAACCUGCCUCAGUCCUGCCCUCAGGCCACAGCAGCAGGUAAGGUCUAGAUACUGUAGAUGACAGGGAUUGGGUCAUUGAUAAGACAGCUGAACAUCAGAGAAGUCUGAGGAUUUUGUUAAUAAAAGGGUCGUCUUUUUAUUUAAAAAAAAGUCAGUUAUAUCCUUCAAUAUGCUUCCCUCUUUCCACCUUUUGCCCCAAGGUACAAUUACCAACUCGAGACACCGUCUCACACACAUUCCCACCAACUACUCCUCCACUGUCUCAUUUUUAGUUUUUUCCUUCUUUUUUUUUCUCCCACUCUCUUUUUUUUACCAACAACAUCAGAACUUUAAUUUCACCGUGAAUAAUAAGCAGCCGUUGUGAACUGCUGGAGUGCCCCGUCAACUUUAGAAUAAUGCUGAUUUUCCUUUGUGGGGGUAAAAAGUGUGUCUGAGUGCUCCUCCAGACUGACACAUUCAUUUACACUUGAGCUCUCUUUCAUCAGCCUGGCUUAAUUAACAAUUAGUCCCCUUGGCCUCAGUGGGGUUCAGGUCAGGCUUCAACAGCACACAGCCUGUGUGGAGGAUUCUUACAGCGCUACCUCUCUGUUUUUGUGGUUUCUCCAUUUUUCUUUCUGUCUGUGUCGCUAUCAAAUGGGCAAAUAUCCCUUGUAUUGGGGUCACACUGUCUGGCUCCUAGCUAAUGCUCUAUGUAUUGUGAAUAUGACUCAUGAAGUGAUGUUAUACCAAAAUAACGUAAGGGACACAUAUUUCUGUUUUUAUAAUACUGAAUAACUGAUCAGGAAUCAGAUUUAGACAAAUGGUCUCAUCCAUGUGUUCCAGUUAGACAUCUACUUAUAGUAAUUGUUUUGAGUAUGCAAGGCCUUCACAUACAAACCAUUACAUAAUAAAGUAUACUUGAAAGGGACAUUUUGCAUACUAAAAUGUCUCUAAUUUUUAAUGGACACUAUUUUACAACAGUGCAAUGUACAAUGGAAAUGAAGGAGCUGCUCACAGCUGAUAAAAACUUACUUUUGUAGGUGAUGGUUCAAGGAAUUCUCUCUUUUGGAAAACAAAAACAAUAAAUUAAGUAUUAAAUCCUUAGAAAAC